GUUUCUUAACUUACCAGCCUCCAAGUUAAUUUGGAUUUCAUCAGGGGUUCAAAACAUCUCCUUUGUUGGUUUUCUAACAGCAAGUUCAAAACUAAAACUAAUGUGAGAAACAACAACACGCAACCCAACGCAGGAAGCUGUGGUCAGAGUUUAUUGAACGUAUAGAAGUCAAACUAAAUUUGCAUCUUAAUUAAGUAAGUUCGAUUGGCCGGGCUUAAUCAAGAGUUAUCUAUCACUGUACCUUUACAGCAUUGAGCACCCCGAAGCUCACAGAAACCUCGCUACUUAUGGAACCUGAAGCAAAUUGGGACAUUCCCAAGACUUCGGCGAUUUACCCUGAACUAAAAGGAAAGACGGCCUUAGUCACAGGAGCUGGGAAGGGAAUAGGGAAAGAUUGUGUUCGGGAAUUAGCGGCCCAGGGGUGCAAUGUAAUCGCGGUCAGUCGCACACAAUCCGAUUUGGACGAGCUGGUCUCUCUCUAUGGCAGCGGUGACAGUGGGUCCAAAAUCACAACCAAGUCUCUCGAUAUUUCCGACUGGGACAAAAGCGAGGAGUGGUUCAAAACGAUACCUCCGAUCCACUUUUUAGUCAACAACGCGGGGGUGGUACAGCCCAAGAAAAUACUGGAAAUCACCAAAGAGAGUCUUGAAUCUGUCAUGAACAUCAAUUUCAACGCUCAAUUCCACUUCGCACAACUGGCAGCUAGAAACAUGAUCAAGAACGAGAACAAAGGAGUCAUCAUAAACAUGUCCAGCGUAGCCUCAAGAAAAGCUUUGACUCAGUCUGCUACCUAUUGCUGCUCGAAAGCGGCUCUAAACAUGUUGACCCAGUGUCUAGUAAUUGAACUUGAGCCCCAUGGCAUUCGAUCCGUUUGCGUGUGUCCGGGCUUUGUUUGGACGGGCAUGUUGCGGAAUGCGCCUCACUCAGCACAAUACAUCAAGGCCUUUCAGAAUCAAAACCCCCAAUGUCGAAUCGGGAAUGUUGAAGACGUUUCAAGAGUAGUAUCUUUCAUGCUUAGCGACAAUGCAUGUAUGAUUACAGGAUCCACGACCCUCCUCGAUUCGGGUCUGUUCUCAUAAUUGACUUACAACCCAACUGAAAUGUAAUUAUGGCAUUUUGAUUAUAAUUACGAAUGACUAAUAAUAAAUUUCAUAUCACUUC